ACAUGGUCCAAUUACUUCAAGCGCUCGGGCUGGCUCUCAGCACCGCAUCUGUGCUUGUUUCUGCUAUUCCUAUGCCAACAGCUGCCCCUGAUCUUGCAAACGCUGCUGCUCUCCACAAGCGUGCAUCCUGCACAUUUACUGCUGCUUCUGCAGCCAGCAAGUCCAAGGCUGACUGUGCUACCAUCAUCCUUGAUGGUAUCACUGUUCCCUCAGGAACAACGCUUGACCUGACAGAUCUGACCGAAGGCACAUCAGUUAUCUUCGAAGGAACGACGACAUGGGAAUAUGAGGAAUGGAGUGGUCCUCUGUUCUCUGUCUCCGGCACCGAUAUCAAGGUAUCGGGUGCUUCCGGCCAUGAGCUAAACGGUAAUGGCGCUUUAUGGUGGGAUGGUGAAGGAAGCAAUGGAGGCAAGACUAAGCCAAAGUUCUUCUACGCCCACAGUCUCAAAGGAACAUCUUCAAUUACCGGUCUCAACAUCAAGAACACCCCAGUCCAAUGCUUCUCUAUCGAUUCGUCAGAGGGCCUUACCAUCUCUGAUGUUACCUUCGAUAAUUCUGCUGGAGAUACUGAUGAUCUGGGCCACAACACUGAUGCAUAUGAUGUAGGCGACUCAUCCGACAUCACAAUUUCAGGUGCCAUAGUGAAGAACCAAGAUGACUGCCUUGCCAUCAACUCGGGAACCAGCAUCACCUUCACUGGCGGAACUUGCUCAGGAGGCCACGGUCUCUCUAUCGGCUCUGUUGGUGGACGCGAUGACAACACUGUCGAAACAGUCCUCAUCGAGAGCUCAUCCGUCACCGACUCCGAGAACGGCAUCCGCAUCAAGACCGUCUCUGGAGCCACCGGUUCUGUUUCCGGCGUAACUUUCAAAUCCAUCACCAUGUCGGGCAUCUCCGACUAUGGUAUUGUCUUCGAGCAAGAUUACGAGAACGGUAGCCCAACCGGCACCCCAACCGACGGAGUCCCCAUCACCGGUCUCACCGUCGAAGACGUAACCGGCACGGUUGACUCGGAUGCAACGAAUAUUUAUAUCCUGUGUGCUUCUGGAGCAUGCUCAGACUGGACUUGGUCUGGCGUCUCUAUCACUGGCGGCAAGACGAGCAGCGCUUGUGAGAAUGUACCCUCGGGAGCCUCAUGCUAAGAGGCGGGAAAGCAGUCCGGAGCUGCAUCGAGAUAAAUUGUGGACAGUGCUCACAGGAGAAGGUCUUGAAGGACCGG